AUGGUCCAGCAUGUACCGCAACAACACACCUCUGAUUCGGACGACAUAUCUCAAUCCGGGAUAAUGUGUGUCCCGUUUGUUUUGAACUGCUCCACGGUUCGCCCAUCGGCCCGUGCGAUGACACAUCUGCUUCAUCUACGAAUCGAUCUACCUUUGGCACGCUCAUUUACUGUUAAGGCCAAUUUGUCUCUUCAGACGUGGAAGCUGUUAUGGCGGCUCCGAAUGUCUUCCCAAAUAUUGACGACCGCCGAAAGAUAUAAUACUACUUCGGAACUACUCACAUCUGCACGUCCUUCUCCCCAUUCCUGCGUUCUAGUCGUAUCACCGAUGCCUCCUGGUGAAGCUACAUAUAUCUGGGAUGUCGCCGGCACGAAGAAAUUCUGGGCAAAGGGGGAAUACUGUGUUCAUUGGAUCAUAGUACACGGAAAGCCUACUAUGUUUACUUUUGAAUGUCUUCAAGACCAUACUAUCUCAGAAGGUACUCGCCCCGUUCCUGGGAGAACUACCGCCUUUUGGACCCCAUAUGACCCUAAAUGA